AUGCAUUUCUUUACCAUCACCACUCUCACCCUGGUCGGAUGCUGUUGGGCAGGCCUCACUAUCCGUGACGAGACCAAUGUUGGCAACGACACAGCAGGUGCCUGUCACUAUGAGUACUUCAAUCAAAAGGUCGACCACUCUGGCAAAGAAAAUGGCACAUUUACACAACGAUAUAGUCUCAACACCGACUACUACGAACCUGGAGGGCCUGUCUUCUGGAUGCAAGGAUCCGAGGGUGCGGAUCUUGGCUGCAUCACCGACUACCAGGCUCUCGCUUGGGCUCAAGAAUUCAAAGGUGCAGCUGUGGUACUGGAACACCGCUACUUCGGGGUCAGCAAGCCUUUCGGAGCCACCGACCCAGCAGAACAACCUGAAGAAUUCCAGUUCUUGACCUUGGACAAUGUCAUGGAAGAUGCCGUGGCCUUUGUGGACAGCUUGCGAGCCAAUCUGACGGGCGGCCGUGAGUCCAAGGUCAUCAUAAAUGGCUGCUCCUACCCUGGUUGGCUUACAACUCUGUUCCGUCAAAACAGGCCCAAUACAUUCUGGGGCGCCGUUUCAUCGAGCAAUCCUGUCGAAGGCUGGCUGACAUCCGAAGACAAAGGCCGCAACUACGACUACAACAACUGGCUCAACAACGUUUAUCAACAAGAGUCGUUCGAGGCGUGGAGCAACAUCCGCACAGCAUACGAUGCAUUGAAAGAUCGUGUUGAGUCUGGCGAUUUCUCGACCUUGCAGACCGACUUCAACACCUGCGACACGCCCACGGCUGAAACAGCACCCCUUCUAUACUAUUACGGAGGCUCGAUCCACGGUCUCGCUGCGCAGUACAACAAAAAGGCUGUUGGGGUCAACCCGACUCCUUUUCCGCUACAGACAGCCCUUGACAUAGCAGUGUCGGAGCCCGAUCCGAUUCAACUCUUGAACAGAACCAUCUGGAGCUGGGUUGAGCACCUCGACAUACCGUGCCUGGGCCUCGAGGCCUUGGGUUUCAGUGCUGCCAUCGUGCCCGCCAUUGAGGGGCCUAGUUUCGACUACAUAACAUCCAUCAAAGGCACCUUCUGCAUGCAGGCCGGCGCCGGCGGCUAUGGCAACGACACCUUCUUCACCUUCGGGCCCUUCGACUCCACGGAAGUGAAGGUGCAGACGUGCAAGGACGCCUACGGCCUCACACCGUCGCCCGCAGACGAGAUGCGUGUCGAGUACAAGUACACGCGGGCCGACCUGCGCAACAGCACGCGCAUUCUCUGGAUCGGCCAUGAGUACGAUGGCACCACGGCGUAUGCCGCCCGUGAGCCCGGCGUGACCCUGCCAAGCUUGAGUCCCGACAUCGACGUGUCGAGGUUCCUGUUUGUGCCGGAGGGGUCGCACUGUGAGGAGCGGAGCUAUCCUCGGGAGGACGACAAGCCGUCCAUCAAGCGGGUGAGGGCGCAGACUGUUGAGGUCAUUCGUGGGUGGCUGGAGUCGGCUUGA